AUGAAAGGUAGCGAGCCAGACAAGUCCCAACCGGCUGACCAGGUUCACGACGGCCAUGAACAAAAAGGAAAGGCAAAAGAGGCACCUACCUGCAAUUCUAGUGCACAAAAUGAUCAAGCCAAUGUUGGCGGAUCUGUCGAGAAGGUGCAACCUACAGACGCAUCAAUCUUGUCACGGUUCACAACUUCAACUCUGGCAUUGGGGAGCAGCCUCUUGACUACGCCAGACAUUGGUGCUCUAGGGAGUCCUACGAUCAAAGCAGGGCCUGCUUCCAACACAGGGCUUGGUACAGCUUUGGGGGAAACAUCGAACUCGAAGCGACAAACGAGUGCAAGUUCUGGGGACAGCAUACGAUCAGCGCAAGUUCAGGGCCACAUUCAGCGUGAAGAGGCCGCAUUUGCACAAUUUCUUGACGGCGUGGAUUCGUCUGCCGUAUCAGAAAAUGUGCCAGAGAAUGUGCCUAACAGACUCGUGUGCGAUUCCCUAAAUCGUGAGGGGACGGUUUUCCAGUCACAGUCGGACGCCAGCCAUCGGCUCGCAGAUAGCGAUGGCCUCGAGGUUGUGAAGCUGCUAGAUGCCGGUUAUGAUGAAGUAAUGCUCAUGGAUCCAGUAAUUCCCCUCUCGAAGCCACAGGAAUUGCGCCUGAAGCAGGCGCUCUUUGGAGAAGGCAGCAACGCGGAUGAGGCCGGCAAGCAAGCGUCAGAUUGGUCCAAUAUACUCAAUUUUGUCCCCGAGUAUAUAUCCAAUGGCUCAUCGGGUUGGGGAUACAAUGAGCUGUCAGGGCACCUAGGCACAUCGGACACGUUGGAAGCAAGCGAAAUCUGGGCAGACCAGUGGGGCGAUGUCCUGUCUCGAUACACCGACGAGGUCUGGGGAGAUCUCGGGUCGUUGGUGCAGGAGGCCAGAGAGGAGGCGCGGAAAAUCCAAAAGCACGAAGGUGACUCAGGUCCAUCUGAGACCAAGGCCCUCAUGAGGUUGCGGCAGAUAUUGUCACAUAUUCGCGAUAAUAGAUAA